AGCUGUCUCUCAACUUUGUCUUGCUGGCAGGAAGUGGCCCCUGUGCAGGAAGUGGAGAUUUCCACGCAGAUGCGGACUGUCUACCUGGCGCUGUCGUUUCCCAUCCUUUCUGUUCUGUCUGUCGCGGCGUCUUCCUUCUUCCCUUCCCUUUCCCCUGGGGUGGGGUGAGGUUAAUCAUCUGGUACCUUCUCCCGAUCCUUCUUCUUUACCCGGUUCUGCGCCUCCACGGACAGGAUGCUAAAGAAAUUUGACAAGAAGGAUGAGGAGUCAGGGGGAGGUUCCAAUCCCUUCCAACACUUGGAAAAAAGUGCUGUGCUGCAAGAAGCCCGAGUUUUCAACGAGACACCUAUAAAUCCUCGGAAAUGCGCUCAUAUCCUCACAAAGAUUUUGUAUCUCAUAAACCAGGGAGAGCAUCUUGGUGUGAUGGAAGCCACCGAAUCGUUCUUUGCAAUGACCAAACUGUUCCAGUCCAAUGAUUCAACUCUCCGCAGAAUGUGUUACCUGACCAUCAAAGAGAUGUCUAGCAUUUCGGAAGAUGUCAUUAUAGUAACAAGCAGCUUAACAAAAGAUAUGACAGGAAAGGAUGACAACUAUAGAGGCCCUGCUGUGCGAGCACUCUGCAAAAUUACAGAUACCACCAUGCUGCAAUCUAUUGAGCGCUACAUGAAGCAGGCGAUCGUCGACAAGGUUCCCAGUGUGUCCAGCUCUGCCUUGGUGUCAUCUUUGCACCUUCUAAAGACGAGUUUUGAUAUAGUAAAACGUUGGGUGAAUGAAGCUCAGGAGGCAGCAUCUAGUGAUAAUAUCAUGGUCCAAUAUCAUGCUCUUGGCUUGCUAUAUCACAUUCGUAAGAAUGAUCGCUUGGCUGUCAACAAGAUGCUAAACAAGUUCAUGCGUCAUGGGUUGAAGUCACCUUUUGCCUAUUGCAUGAUGAUUCGAGUCGCCAGUAAGCUGCUUGAAGAGGAAGCUGGAGGCCGGGAUAGUCCACUGUUUGAUUUCAUUGAAAACUGCUUACGGAACAAGCAUGAAAUGGUGGUCUAUGAAGCAGCAUCGGCCAUUGUUAACCUGCCUGAAUGCACAGCUAAGGAACUAGCACCUGCUGUGUCUGUGUUGCAGUUGUUCUGUAGUUCACCCAAAGCAGCUCUUCGCUAUGCAGCCGUCCGAACCCUCAACAAGGUUGCCAUGAAGCAUCCGUCUGCUGUGACUGCCUGUAACCUUGACUUGGAGAAUCUCGUGACCGACUCCAAUCGCAGCAUUGCUACCUUGGCCAUCACAACUCUAUUGAAAACUGGCAGUGAGAGUAGCAUUGACCGUCUCAUGAAACAGAUCUCCUCAUUCAUGUCUGAAAUCUCGGAUGAGUUCAAGGUUGUGGUGGUUCAGGCUAUCAGUGCCCUCUGUCAAAAAUAUCCACGCAAGCAUGCUGUCCUUAUGAGUUUCCUCUUCACAAUGCUACGUGAGGAGGGUGGCUUUGAUUACAAACGAGCCAUUGUUGAAUGUAUCAUCAGUAUCAUAGAAGAAAAUGUUGAAAGCAAGGAAACCGGCCUCUCCCACCUAUGCGAGUUCAUUGAAGAUUGUGAAUUCACUGUCCUGGCCACCCGAAUUCUCCACUUGCUGGGCCAGGAAGGGCCAAAGACCAACAAUCCUUCAAAAUAUAUUCGUUUCAUUUACAACAGAGUCGUCUUGGAACAUGAAGAAGUCAGGGCAGGUGCAGUGAGCGCUCUGGCUAAAUUUGGGGCUCAGAAUGAGGAAAUGCUACCAAGCAUCCUAGUGUUACUGAAAAGGUGUGUGAUGGAUGACGACAACGAAGUCAGAGACAGGGCUACUUUCUACUUAAGCGUAUUGGAGCAGAAGCAAAAGGCCCUCAACGCUGGCUACAUUCUGAACGGAUUGACAGUAUCUAUCCCUGGCCUAGAGAGGGCUCUGCAUCAAUAUACUCUGGACCCCUCUGAAAAACCCUUUGACCUCAAGUCCGUUCCCUUGGCAACUGCCCCCAUCAUGGAACAAAGAGCAGAAAACACUCCCACCUCUACAGUGAAGCAGUUAGAGAAAAUAGCAACAACCCGACAAGAUAUAUUCCAAGAGCAAUUGGCUGCUAUUCCAGAGUUCCAGGGUCUUGGCCCACUGUUCAAGUCCUCUCCUGAGCCAGAGGCACUUACGGAAUUAGAAACAGAAUAUGUGAUCUAUUGUACAAAGCACACGUUCUCCAAUCACAUGGUAUUCCAGUUUGACUGCACAAAUACACUGAAUGAUCAGAUCCUGGAAAAUGUCACAGUGCAGAUGGAGCCAACGGAGGGAUAUGAGGUCAUUGCUUAUAUACCUGCCAAAAGCUUGCUCUACAAUCAGCCUGGUACUUGUUACACGUUGAUUGCUUUGCCUGAAGAGGAUCCCACAGCAGCUAGAAGAUCUGGAAGUAACCGUAGCAGAUCACAUCCAAAGAGUUUUGAAGCCAAAUUUUGGAGCAGCCUGGGAAGAAGUUGGUGAUGAAUUUGAAAAAGAAGAGACUUUCACAUUGUCUACUGUUAAAACACUGGAAGAGGCAGUCGGUAACAUUGUGAAAUUCCUAGGAAUGCAACCAUGUGAGCGGUCAGAUAAAGUCCCAGAUAACAAGAACUCUCAUACUUUAUACCUGGCAGGUGUAUUUCGAGGUGGUCAUGACCUCUUGGUUCGUUCUCGCCUUGUCCUCACAGAAAUUGUGACAAUGCAAGUCACAGCUCGGAGUAAAGAAGAACUUCCCGUGGAUAUUGUCAUGGGUUCUGUUGGCUAAGCUCAUUUUCAGGCUGCCUGUUUCAGACCCCCAAGGCUGAAGGGAGAAUUAGAGGUCUCUUUCUACUGCUCUGGACAUUGGGAGAAAUAUUAGAACACUGGCAUCAGUUCUUUCUCUAAUUAGAAAUGAAAGCUACUUGUGUAGGUUUAUAACCACAAGAAUGUUUCUGUGAAAUAAUGAAUUGGUUAUUUCUUCAUGUUUGCCAGGCUACUUCAAAAGAACAUACCAAGGUGCCUAAUAACACUAAAGUAUUUGACUGUAGCUCCUGUUCUGGUCACCAUGUGUCAGAUUCAUUAUGUGAUUAGCCAGAGCCUUUACAACUGGGGCAAUUGUUAUAUUUUAUGACCUUUCUAAACCCUUACAUAUAUAUUAUAAAAUAAAAAUAUGGAUUUUAUGCCACCAAUGCCGCUACUCUCAAGAAUAUGAAAAUAAAUACAUUUUAUCUCUUGCCCAAAUGAUAUUGAAAAGACAUUCACAGCACACAGGUCUAGUUGAUUUGGUUGAUUUAUAUCAAACUUGCCUUCAUUUUCAAAUUGUUGAUAUCAUUUGUAGGCAGCCUGAUUUGAAGAAGUGUUAGGGUGAAAAUGAAUCAGGAAUAUGAAUUUCACAAGAAACGCAGGUAAUCUAGAGAAGAAAACCAGAAUGAAAAAAUGCUGAAGCAUCCUUUAUUUCAAAUCAUGUCAUUUUUAUGUAUUGAUAUUUAGAAAAGGGAAUAUUUAGGGAAAUUGCUCAUUUUCAUAUUGCUUCAUGUUUCUAAAAGUCAUUUGUUUCAGUAAAACAGCCUACAUUGUUUUAUGAAUGGGCAUCUAUUACUGUGGUUGAGUUUGAUUUUGUAAAGGCUGAUACUGUGCUUUGUUCUAUUCUGACUAGAUUUUAUACAUAAAUGUUGUGCCAUAUAAUAAAGAAUAAACGAUGUUUAACAUUCUUAUAA